CUCAUUCCGCCCUAUGGGGGCUGGCGCUCCGACGUUACAUUCUCGCCUUCGGUCAAUUUGUUACAGUGUCGCCCCGCUGUUGCGUUCGGCAACAUUUGUAUCCCAACAGAGGAGGACGGAGGCAGGCAAAACAGAAGGCAGCAAAGACAGUCUCAUCUCCCUCCCCCUUGAAAGAAUAUAAAAGUCAGGGAGAAGGAAGGUGGUGGUGGGGUUAAAAAAAACAAAGCAAGGAGGGAUUAAGCAAAAAGGAUGCAGACUGAGCAAUGCACCGAGAUGUCUCAGCGCUAAACACAGCGACUCAUAUCAUCGCCGUCUUUUGAAGAAAAGAAACCGACGGGGUACAAUGUAUCGUGACUGCAUUAUGAAAGAUACAAAAUAAAUCCCAGACACAACCAAAAUCCGUGCGGAAAGUGUCGGCGGAAACAGCUCAUCUGGCUUUGUUUUACCCUCCGUCCGUACGCAGGAUUUUUUUUUCCCCUCGUGUGUUUUGUUCUUGGAUUUCAAGGGAGGCUGUUUCAUUUCAAAAGAAAUUGGGGAAAACCUACGUUUGCAAGAGAGAGGGGGGAGAAGAAAGGGGGCGAUGUAUCCGCAAGCCAGGCAGUCGGCUCCAUCACAGUCAGCACAACAGUUGAAGUUUACUACCUCGGACUCGUGUGAUCGAAUCAAAGAUGAGUUUCAGUUUCUGCAAGCACAGUAUCACAGCCUCAAGUUGGAAUGUGACAAACUGGCCAGUGAAAAGACAGAAAUGCAGCGCCAUUAUGUCAUGUAUUAUGAAAUGUCUUAUGGUUUGAACAUCGAAAUGCAUAAACAGGCUGAAAUUGUCAAACGAUUGAAUGGAAUUUGUGCUCAAGUCAUCCCCUUCUUAUCUCAGGAGCAUCAGCAACAGGUGGUGCAGGCCAUAGAACGUGCAAAGCAGGUGACUGCCCCGGAGCUUAAUACUGUCAUCAGGCAGCUUCAAGCGCAACAGCUGUCUCACCUCCAUGGUCUCACAGUGCCACUCACCCCGUUACCAGCUGGCCUGCAGCCUCCUGUCAUCCCUUCAGUCAGUGCCAGUGCUGGACUACUGGCAUUAUCCAGCGCUUUGGGCUCACAGAUCCACCUCCCCUCGAAAGAUGACAAGAACCACCAUGAUGGUGACCACCAGAGAGAUGAGGGGGUACAGAAACCCGAUUAGGAACUCUUGAGGAUUGCGCAACACAAAAUCCUUAAACAUGAUCUUUGGUGUUUGUUUUAAUGCCUGUAUAUAUCUCGGAGGUGGCAAUUUUGUGCUGUGUAUGUUAUUAUUUAGGAGAACAAAGCCUAUUUUAAAGCUGCAGUAUAUUAAAAGCAACUUUGUUUUGGCAUGAACAAAGCAGGGGGACACUAAGUAUGAAUUUGCUUCAGACGAGGGCAUAACAUAUUGGCUUGUCCACCUGAUGGACAUUUUAGUGUUCAGCAUCUUCAAGAUAAAAGCUUCUGAUUCAGCCUGUCCAUUGAAACUGCGCUGGGCAGGAAUUGCCUUUCCGACUAAUUGCCCACAUAAUUGGGCUGUUGAGUGAUUUUGUUUCAAGUCAAAUGACCUGUAACGUGCAGAUCAGUACAUUGUCAGAAACCAAAGCAAAUUUGCCAAAUUGAUGGUAAGAUCGCUGAUGUUCUGUGCUCUUGAAAUUGCCAUAUUGUUGACCGUCUUUAAAUGGUUGGCCUAUUAACACACUCUAAAUCAGUUACAUGGGAACAAAUCUUUAAUAGGAGAAAAAUAUAUAUGUAUAAUAGUCAUCUUAAACUCUUCACUUUCAUCUGAAUGGUUGUGUAUUGAUCUACGAAAGUUUGAGAACACUUUCUUUUUGCUAUCUAAUCCUUGUUGGGGAUUUGAUCUGCAGUUUCAAAUUUCUGUCACCAUUUAAAGUUUGUUGAGUAAAAGAUCUACUGAGCAAGAUAGAGAUAAUCAUUAAAAUUGUUAUUGUUGGCUUGUUUCUGGAUGGGGAGAGAGGAAUGCAAUGAGAGUUGACUUUAGAAUCAGAUGGGAGAGCUUGGCAGAAGAUUUUUCUGUUGGAUUGUGUUAAGCCUUCAGAACAGGGGCAUCAUCACCAACUUGCAGCUCAACUCAAAGCAAAAUAGGUGUUUCUGUAUUGUGCAGUGUUUUCUCAAGAAAGCUCAGAUCUUUGAAAAGUUAUCAGGGAGUGAAUUUUGAACAGAUGGCUGUACAAUUGGAUGUUUCAUUUGCUGCAUUGGCAAUAAGCUGCGAGGGGGGGGAGAAAGGUGCAACCAACUUUGUGUCGAUGACUUUAACUUGAACCUUUAUAGGGUUCAACACUGGUCUUGUUGUGCACCUGAAAUGUGCUUGUAAUUGGUACCUCCUUCAUCCCGGUGGUUUAUACAUUGUAGUUUUCAGUGAUGGCUGAAUCAUUUUCAUUUUCUUUGCUGACCAUAUGUAAAGAAUCAUGAAGGGGAUCCAUCAAGGCAGAUGGGAGAGGUUGGAGCUGCAAUUGUGUUCCUGUUGAUUAUGGUUGGUGAAGGAUAUGUGUAUGCCAUGCUUGAAGUUCAUAUUUUCCUAUCCCCACCUCCACCAUUCCACUCCCCCUCCCCCAAAAAAGGAGAAAAUAUUAAACCCAGACUUCUCUCUCAAUGACUUGGUCACACAAUUAACAUCCAUGAAAGAACAACCAUGCCAAAUUUGGUUCUAGUUUCAUGAAGCCCUUUGCAAAAACAAAAGGAAUGUAACUCAGCCUGUGGGACAGACUAAUGCCACUCCCUGUGGAUUUGAAAUUAUAUGCCAGUUUUAGCCCUGACUGUGUAAUACACAGAGCUUUCAAACCCUCCAAUAUUAGGCACUUCACAUCCAAGUUUUAUGGCUUAGAAGGUGGAAAGUGGCCUCAGUAAGGAUAGGGAAAAAUUGUUGACAGUGUCUAGCCUAACUCUUGGAUCGGUUGAUUGUUGAAGCUAUAUUUCAGGAUUAUUUGCCAUUAAGAAUCUAAUUUUCAGAAAUCCUUAUCUCUAGUGGGACCAAAUUCUUCUCGUGCAUUUCAGUACAUGAAUUUGGGCAUUCUUAGUAGGGCGAGGGUACUUUCUACAAAUAAAUGAGCAGAAUUCCCAUAGAUAUGCCACAUUCUGGUCUUGAAGUGCAAAACUGAAAUUGUAACUGUUUCACUCACUGAUGUUGUCUAUCCUGUUCAGUAUUUGCAGCAUUUUCUGUUUUUAUUCUUGAUUUCCUACAUCUCUUGUACUUUGUUUCUGAUGCAGUAUGAUAACGUUGGGCUGGUUUAGCUGUGGACUCUUAGCACUUCAGUGUAAAUGUCAAGGUGGGUCCAUUUCCCCUGAACUGGCUCACCCCUGCUUUAAUGUUUUGAGUGAUAGCCUUUUAAUUAUUAAGGUGCAAUUCCAGGUGGACGUUUCACACUGUAGAGUUGCUGGCCAAUUGGAUGCUGGUAGCUGUGCACACUGGCACUACCAGGGAGUGGUGGUCACUGUAGAUGGUCCAAGGAGUGGCAGUCAGCAAAGGACCCAACCACUCAGGUAUGGCUAGGAUCUUGCCUCAGUCAGGUUAUCCAUCUCUGGCAGUGGCAGAGUCACUCGGAGGCCAUGUUGGACAAGGUGGGGGUUUGGAUUGGAGUAGGGAGGGUUCAUUUUGAGUAUCUGCCUUCUAUCGUCUGUGGUGAUGAGUUGAAGCCCAAAUUUAGGCACUAUUUGACCUACCUGAGGGCUUCCAUUCUGUCACAGGACCACAAACAAGCAUGUGAUCAGUAAACUUUAGACCACAUGUCUCCAAUAUUGCAAUAAAGCAUAUUUAUUUAACAUCCAGCACCUUCCUGAAUAAGGUUCUUUAAUCUCAGUAGUAGCAUAGACAUCUCACUGAUCACAACCAACCACCAUUAACUAAAAUCUCCUCCUGUGUGUGUCAUUUGGGAAUGCAUUUGGAGUUUGGACAAUUUGAUUUUGUUCCAUUUUGGGUCAGACCGAGGCUGCUUUCGUUGAGGUUGGGUUGGAGGUGGUGAAAAAAGUUGCUGGUGGUGGGGUGAAGGAACCUUUUGAGUCAAUUGAUUUUGUGUGUGUUAAGUGUGGCCUAUAUUAGAGUAAAUAUGGUAUAUUUUUGUUCCUUGUGUAUAUAUUCUGGUUCCUGAGAGCAUUUCAUUAUUCAGGUCAAACUCUUUUCAGUGGAUUAUCUGGGCCUCACUUGUGUCGGAAGCAGUGAACAGGACUGCAGUGCUAUUUUGCUUGUAUAACAUUAGGAUUUCAUGUGCUGUUGAUAGAUUUCCAAAUGAGGGCUUCAUUGAAAUCCAUGUUGAACAACAGUCUAUAUACUACAGCUUUAAACAUUAGACCACUGCAAGUAGCUUCAGUUUGUUUAUUUGCUUAUGAUUUAAUACCAGUUUUCUUGCCACUGCUUGUGACUGGCUGUGUGCCACCUCUGACGUGCCAGAUACAAUUACUCAGUUACAACUGGCCCAUAUCCCUCAUCUAGCAACUGAAUUACAGACUUGGCAGACAAAGGUCCAAAGAUGAUAACUUUCUCCAGAGCAUAUGUUCAGUCAUAAAAUGACUGUUUUCAGGAGUAAACUUCAAAGUGAAGCUAACCUCUAAUGGGGGAGCGAACAUUUUUUUGUGGCAUUAUUUGUUUAUUUGUAACAGAUUUAAAUCAUGCAAAGCAGUUUCUGACAGUAGGAUUGACAGAAUGCAAAUUCAAGAUCUGACCCUAGAGUGCAUCAAAGAAAAGUCAAAGGCCCCUCCAGUUUGAGAUGGAGGUGGGGGUUGAACCUGAGUCAUGUCAUGUUUUAGUGUGCGCACAAGUAUUGUUUCAGAGUGACGGAGGGACCACUUACACAGUGGGAGGAAUGUGGUUCCCUGCCACCCAGCCCCAAUCCCAAAGCCAGUUGCUUUGCUUGGAGACCGACAGAAUUCACUGUUCGCCCUGCUCACAUUAAAUACUGGCUUACUUUGCAUGUUGUUUGCAUGUGCACAUGGACAGUGUGUUUUGCCAAUACAACAGCCGUAAUCAGCACCUGACCAGCUUUCAUUUACUUCAUUUGAAGGGGGCAGUGGCGGGAGCAAGUUUGAACAGUUGGGUGCCACUGCAUCAAUUGCUUUAUUCAAUUGCCCAACAGUUAAACAUGCAUUGCCUUCAGAACAGCACUUGCCACAUAAAGGGAGCUCUUCAUUACUGUGAACCUUCCUCUCAAAUUCCUAAACUGCUUAAGAUACUUAUUUGGGCUGCUGUUGUGUUUUUUGCACCUGCUAAAACUGGACGCAAGUGAUGUGGCUGAGGCUUUAUAGUUAGCGAUAUGUCUCCCAUUCCCAGUUUAUUUUUUAGUUGGGCACAGCUUUUCACUUUGGAAAAGCUCCUCCUUAAAUUGGUGUGGUGCUUGAAGCAACAGGAUUGUUUUUUGUACUUUUGAGGGACCUGGUAAUUGGACCUUAAUGGAUCACUGUCCCGUGCAUUGAAUUUUGCACAGGGUAGAUGACCCACAUACAGGUCCACAGUGGCACUAUCUUCCCUGACCUCUUAACUGGAGAAGGGACUUGGUUAGUUGGCCUAAACACACAACAGCAUAAAGAUACUGGCUGCUGGAGUAACACUAGCAGAUGCACUCAUGGAAUUUGAAUGGAGAAGGGGAAUUUCUUUUGCCAUUUGGGGCUUUCUUCUGCUUUUUAGAAGUAGUUUGAGCAAUAGUUUACUAAAAGGCUCCUGUUUUCUCUUUGCUGUUUCAACUAAAUAUGAAUCUUUAAUAACUUUCCUGUGUAAAACUAAAACUUAAAAAAAAACCUUGUAGCUUUUGGCCAAGCACAACCUAUCUCACAUUUGAUAUAUUUUUUUAGGAAAAGUGAAAGAAUGCAUUCUGUACAGCUGAAGUAACACACAGUCAUGGUGAUAUACAGCAGGCUAUCCAGUGGCUGAAGGAAGAAUAAACAUUGCCCCCCCCCCCGCCCCCCCCCACCAGUCUUUGACCAUAUUCAUUUUGUUGCGGAGUCUUGACCCUGAGAAUAUAAUGUUGUCCCUCUGAUCCCGGUAGAAGCCAGCUCCAAAUUGCCAAAUUGUUCACACCACAACUUAUACAGAGAGGUUCUGUAACCGUCCAGUACCUUGCAGAUUACGUCUGGUUCCAUUGAAUUAAUCUUGAGUGGAAUGCAACACUUACCAACCUGGCCCUAGCAAUGACAGUGAAAGAUUAAAACCUUUUUCUUUGAAAAAUUGCACCUGAACUAAACAGCCACUCAUUGAAUACAGUGGUAGUCAUGAGCAAACUUGUCAUUACAGCUAUGUUUGAAAGUGAAACGUGAAUAAGUAGUCUCCACGGUCACUUUGUUAAUUUAAUUAUUAUUAUUUAAUGAAAUGAAUUGUUACAUGCAGCAUGCACUAGGGUGCCUCGCCUCCUCUAAUUUGAGCAUGAUGUAUAAUUGUCAAAUCUUGCAGUUUGUAUAAAUACAAAAAAAAGCUGUGCGCUUGUACAGAUUACUGCAUCUCAUCAUCCCAGUGGCCUCUGUGGAAACUGUGCAAUAUCAGCAUUGCAUAUCCAGAUUAGAAUGGCCAUAAAAGAAAAUGGUUAUAUCAUACGUUGCAUUAAUGUAUUGAAGUGUAUUGCAAGUUAUAAUGGGAAUAAUGUUUUAUUUUAAAAAUGCAUUGUCGAAGUAAAAUGUCCUUGAAUACAAAUAAUGCUUUCUCACUCUUGUAUAGUUUAUAUAUACCAGUUUUCAGAUCCUGAAUGCCAUCAAGUACAAUUGUAUCAUUCUACAAAAUUCUUCUGUUCUUUGAAUCAACUGCAUACAAGUUUGAGGUACAGUGGACCGUAUUAAAGAUAGACUCUGAUAAAAUCUCUUUAAAGAGUACUUUUAUAAAAGGAAAAGAAACGCCCAAACAAAGAUUAUUUUGCAUCCCAAAACACAUUCAAUGUUCCUAUUUUUGGUCGUCCUGUAAUGGACUUUAUUGAAUAGAUACUUUUUAAUUUCCAAUGUAUUUAUUUUCCUGCCGUCGCAGUCCUCAAAAGGUUAAUAAGGCUCCAGAGAUAAACGAUGCUUUAGAGACCUCCCUGUGAAUGUCAUUGCAUAAUGCAUAAUCUCUCGUAUGACAGAAUUAGAAAAUUAUAAUUAUUGAAUUAAUCCAUCUGAUGCUGUGACUUCAGAGCUUCGAAUCACUUAAAAAUAAUAAAACACUUUGCUUUUUCAAAGUCUAUUUGUUUCGACUGGUGCUGCAAAGGCUAUAUACUGCACUUGCACCAGUAUCAGUUUGUAUGAAUAUGUAUGCAAAUUGUGUUGAAGAUUAAUGUGGCGGUGUUUAAAAAAAACAUUAUGUCUUAAAUAAAACAAAAGUGUAUUAAAUUAGUUCGCUAGUGCUGUAAGGAAAUAUCUAUGGUGCCUUACAAAUAAAAGCAAAUGUGAUUAAAUUAUAA